AUGGAGACAUGGCAGAAAAGAGAACACCUUUGCAUUAGCGUGUGGAACAAGGAGCCGGUGACUUUCCACUUCCGCACCCAGUUGUGUGAUGAUGAGCGGACAGUGAUAGAUGACAGCAAAGUGGUGGGGACGCCCAUGGAGAUAGUAAUCGGCAAUAUGUUUAAAAUGGACAUCUGGGAAACCCUGUUGUCCUCCUUGAGGAUCGGAGAGGUGGCUGAAUUCUGGUGUGACAUCAUUCACACUGGCAUUUAUCCACUAGUGUCCAAGAGUAUGAGGCGCAUUGCAGAAGGCAAAGACCCAGUGGACUGGCAGAUCCAUACAUGUGGUAUGGCCAACAUGUUCGCCUACCACAGCCUGGGCUACGACGACCUGGAUGAGCUGAUGAAGGAACCAAAACCCCUCUACUUUGUCCUGGAGCUGCUCAAGGUUCAGCAGCCCAGUGAGUACAACAGGGAGACGUGGGCUAUGAACGAUGAGGAGAGGUUGAAGGUGGUGCCUGUGCUUCACGGUCAGGGGAACAAGCUCUACAAACAGGGGAACUACGACGAGGCCACACAAAAGUACAAGGAGGCCAUCAUCUGCAUCAAGAAUGUUCAGACAAAGGAGAAAGCAUGGGAGGUCCCUUGGCUGAAGCUGGAGAAGAUGGCGAACACCAUAACGCUCAACUACUGCCAGUGUCUAAUGCGCACAGAAGAGUACUAUGAGGCCAUCGAGCACACCACCGACAUCAUCAACCAGCACCCAGGUGACAUGAAGGCCUUCUUCCUGCGAGGGAAGGCCCACGCAGAAGUGUGGAACGAGGCAGAGGCUCGGCAGGACUUCAGCCGGGUGCUGGACCUGGACCCAGGCAUGAAGAAGGUCGUCAAGAGAGAGCUGGCCGUGCUUAAUAUGCGCAUGGAGGAAAAGAACCAGGAGGACAAGAACAAGUACAGAGGCAUGUUUUGACCAGGAGAGGCUGCAGCAGAGGUUAGGAGAAUCACAAAAGUGAUGGCUAAAGAAGAGGAAUCCCCAAGAUUGAUUGUACCUUUAACAACCACAUCUGCUUCACUGCAGUGACUUUCACAAGGUCUGGGAGACACUCAGAUGGAAUAUAUAAGGAUGAUAUAUGAGCUGCUUCCUUUCUGCCCGUCUUUCUUGGUCAUCAAAACUAUUAAAUCAAACUUUUAAAUGGAGGACUUCGUCUUUGCACACUUGUAAUCUUACCUAAAUUGGUUACAUUUCAAGGACAUGUUUGACUGCUUGAUAUGGUUGUUUGUAUUCAAUGAUCUCCCAUAUUUAGCAAGGCAUUGAGAGGUACCAAAACACAAAAGAUGUAUUUAACGGUUAAGUAAAAAGCGGUAUUUAGUGGUUAAGUAAAAAGCAGCAUUGAGAGGUACCAAAACACAAAAUGUAUUUAGUGGUUAAGUAAAAAGCAGUCUUUAUCUAACGCUCAGAAAGUGAGCGCAUAAGUGUAUUUCCCAAAAUGUCCAAAUCUUCCUUUGCUUCUGUUCUGAUUUGUUAUAUUGUUUUGGAUUUGUUCCCGAUCAUGUAUACAAAAAGCAUUAUUGAAUGCUAAUAAAUUGUACUAGUUGGAUUUCAAUGUUUAAAUGUGCUCAUGGCAUCACCAAAAGUCAAGUCACACUUUGCCACUAUUUUACCUAAAACAUAUACAAUUCCAAAGUAGUUAUUCCUCAAGUGUUAUCUUUAGUGACUUGUCAAGUAACUACUCAGUCUUGUGAGCUCAUUGGCCUUCCACAAGGUGGUGCUCUGACCAUGAUUAUUUGUAUGGUUCACUAUUGGAGAGAUAAUCCUGAGCCUUUACGCAGUUCCAUGAACAGUCUGGGGGCUCGUAAAAAAAAACAAUCUGGGUUGCAUCGCUUGUCUCCUUCUUUUCUCUUCCUCUGUACAUUUUCAAGAGAGAAAAAGGAAACACAGAGUGUGAUGCAAAAGGACAUGACGAAUACAUCUGGGAAAUAUACUAAAAAAAAACUUUUAAUGCACUUUUGUUUUUGCACUGACAUAAAAUAUAGUAUUCGAUCAAUAGUAUGACAUUGCACAGAGAGCUCAGUUUCAUUCAGGGAAUCCCCACUCAUCACGAUCUGCACUGUUCCCCCCCACUCAUCAUGACCACGUGUCACUCACAGCACAUCGUAGCAGUCACUCAGGGAAAUGAGGCGGACUCUAAUGCACUAGUCUAAUGAUGAAGAAAAUCAAUAGGAGCAGAUCAAAGAGAAAAAAACACACGAAUGAUCAUGAUUAAACAUUCAAGCUAUAGCAUCCAUCCCUUUACAAGCACCUUGCUAAUGCAGUUCCUGCUGCUGAGUCGUGCCUAAUCUUAGGAAGGUAAACAAGGAGACUAAAACUGUGGUUAGAUACAGCACUCAUUAGAGACCGUAGGCAAUUUAUCUCUGCUCUGAUCCAGUAAAACCUUUUCUUUAUCUUCACACUUUAAUACCAUCAAUGCUAUUUAGAAAACGGACUUAGAUUAAGUAGAUUUAUGUGAUGGGGCUGUGUCGUUGGAAACCCUGCCCUGGACUAAAACACAGGCCUACAAUCAAUUCUGCAUAGCAGCACAAUCCGCAGUUGGCUUUCCUCCAUAAACCACUGGUGCUGAUGUUGAGAAGAGGGAAAGAAAGGGAGGAGGCAGGAGGAGGAAGAGGAGGGGGCUCUGUGCCCCUGCUCCAACAGGAGUUGCCUCAAGUUAGCCAGAGAAAGAAAAUGUCAUACAGGAAGUAAGGCAAUCGUCUAUUCAAAAUAAAAUAUGUAAUGUUAGGAUUUGGAAAGGAAAGUAAUAAAUAAUUGUCUUUAUUGUAUGUUUCUUGGCUCCUUGUUUAGGUCUUACUCCUUGAUGAAUGCAUACUUUAUAUAGACCCUAAUUACUUCAUGUACUGCAUUUGAUUGAAAGACAAAUUAAUAAACUCUUUCCUGCAUUGUU